AUGCUACUGUAUGCGACCAGCGUGAUGCUACAGUAUACGACCAGCGUGAUGCUACUGUAUGCGACCAGUGUGAUGCUACAGUAUACGACCAGUGUGAUGCUACAGUAUACGACCAGCGUGAUGCUACAGUAUACGACCAGCGUGAUGCUACAGUAUACGACCAGCGUGAUGCUACAGUAUACUUGUGAUGCUACAGUAUACGACCAGUGUGAUGCUACAGUAUACGACCAGCGUGAUGCUACAGUAUACGACCAGCGUGAUGCUACAGUAUACGACCAGCGUGAUGCUACAGUAUACUGUACGACCAGCGUGAUGCUACAGUAUACGACCAGCGUGAUGCUACAGUAUACGACCAGCGUGAUGCUACAGUAUACAACCAGUGUGAUGCUACAGUAUACGACCAGCGUGAUGCUACAGUAUACGACCAGCGUGAUGCUACAGUAUACGACCAGCGUGAUGCCACAGUAUACGACCAGCGUGAUGCUACUGUAUACGACCAGCGUGAUCGUGGUGAAAAUUUGCAAACCCGCCUACACCAGUCUUUUUUGGAGGCCACCCAGACUUUCUAUUGACCUGUCUCUCGAUAAAAAAAUAUUCAGAAACGUCUAA